AUGGGGUGCGAGGGAUCCCCCGAAUUAACGGUCCCGGUGACGUGCGACGUGCGGAAGCCGCAUUUAUCCGCGGAAAUCGCGAUGCAGGUGAUGGAGUGGCUGAAAGUGGUGCAUCCAAUCGGAUGCAAGCAUUUAAAUUUGCAGAAGGCGGUCGGGGACGCGAUUCUGAGGGAGCUGGAGAAGGUGAAGCUGGUUUCGAUUUCGGAGGAGCCGCCGAAAUCGCAGAAGAAAUCGCGGGAUGAGCUGGGAUUGGAGGUGAGUCUGACGAAGCUGAACGAAGAAUCGUACGUGGCGUAUUGCCAGAUAACCGUGAAAAAGGACGGGACGGAUAGCGUGUUUACGGUGAAGGAGACGCACAAGUUCGAAGAGGGCAUCAGUGCGGCGGUGAAUACGCAGUACGAGCUGAUAAAACACAUUCGGGGCGUGAUCGUGGAGAGCGAUUCGGAUUUGAAGGAGAGGUUGAAGGAGGAGUUUCGGCGCGAAUUGAUGAAGAUUGGGCAGGAAAGUGUGUAAUUUAGGAGGGAAGGGGUG